AUGACUCGAUUUAGCAGUAGACGUAAAAAGAAGGAUCAUGUUGUAGAAAUGACACCAACCGUUGCACCACAGACACUAAGUGAACAAAAUAAGAAUGCUGCACUUGAAAGCCAUAUAUCGCCAAGAAAACUAAGCAUAUAUACAGUUGAAAAAUUAAAUCAAAAGUAUACGCUUAAUGAAGAUUUUCAAGAAAAUCCAGUUUCGAGUACAUGGAAUUAUAUUAAAAAAUAUUAUAAACCAACGCCAGCUUUUUUCAAAAGGCAACUAUUUAAACGAUUUCCAUGUAUCGAUUGGAUACGACAUUAUCAGAUCAAAGAAUGGCUCUUAUCCGAUCUCAUAUCUGGUUUAACUAUUGGUGUUGUGCAUAUUCCUCAAGGACUUGGCUAUGCUAUUCUCGCUGGUUUACCACCAGUGACAGGCCUUUACGUUUCUUUUUUUCCGGUUAUUAUCUAUGCUUUUCUUGGUACAUCCCGACAUUUAAGUAUUGGUACUUUUGCGGUGUCUUCACUUAUGAUUCUUGCUGCUAUCAAUAGUAGAGUGGGAACACUUAUUCCACCUAAUAGUAUUGCAUCGAUCGCAAAUACUACAACAACUACCAAUGGCGCUAUAACUACUGCAUAUACAUCUGAUACAUUGGAAACAACAUCUUUAACGAAUAAUCGAUAUUUAAGUAAUGACCCAGAUCAAGCUCGUAUUAUUCUUGGUACUGCAUUGGCACUUGUUUCUGGCUUAGUUCAUUUAGCUAUGGCUAUAUUACAUUUCGGUUACGUCACUGUUUAUUUAUCGGAUUCAAUCAUACAAGGCUUUACAACAGCAUCUGCUAUACAUAUAAUAACAAGUCAAUUACCACCAUUACUUGGUAUUAAAAUAAAAACUGUGACGGGACAAUCAAAAGUAAUUAAGAAUUGGAUCGAAAUUUUUAAAAAUAUUAACAAAUCAAAUGCUGCAACAUGUAUUAUUGGUGGUAUUAGUAUCGCCCUAUUUGCUACUGUUCGUGAUCAGAUUAAUGAACGUUUUAAAGGACGAAUACCAAUUCCAAUUCCAAUCGAAUUGAUUAUCGUUAUUCUUGGUACCAGUAUUUCUGCUGCCUUCGAUUUUAAUAAACGUUGGAAUGUUAAUAUUGUUGGCAGGCUUCCACUGGGAAUUCCAUCCCCAUCUGUUCCACCCAUGGGAGCCAUAUCAGAUGUGAUAGGUGAUGGUAUUGCAAUAGCCAUUGUAUGUUUUGUACUGAAUAUAAGUAUGGCUAAAUUAUUUGCAACAAAAUAUAAAUAUCCAGUGAGUCCAAAUCAAGAACUUUUUGCGUAUGGUGUUGGAAAUGUUGUCACGUCAUUUUUUAAUGGCUUUCCAGCUUGUGUUGCCCUAUCACGAUGUGCAGUCAUAGAAGGAACAGGAGGAAAAACACAACUUGGCGGAUUUCUGGCAUCGAUCGUUGUAUUAAUUAUUAUUCUAGUUGUUGGUCCAUUAUUUCGUACAUUACCAAAUACUUGUUUAGCAGCUAUCAUAAUAACAGCUAUGAAAAAUAUGCUUCUGCAAACUAAACAGUUACCUUUAUUAUGGCGUACAAACAAACUUGAAUUUCUCGCAUGGAUAAUAACAUUUGCUGGUGUUGUGUUACUUGAUGUUGAUUAUGGUCUAUAUGUUGGUGUUGCAACAACCAUUUUACUAUUGAUUAUUCGUUCACAAAGACCACACGCAUCAUCACUUGGCUAUCUAUCAUCGGCUAGUGUUUAUGAAGAUAAAAAUGCUUAUCCAUCAGCAACGGAUGUACCUAAUAUAAAAAUCUUUCGUUUUGAAGAAAAUAUUUAUUAUGCUAAUGUUGAUGUAUUUAAAAAAUUAUUCGUUAAACGUAUGGAGUAUCGUGUUGACGAUCAAAUUAAAGCAAUGAACGAUGAAGUGAUGAGUAUUGAACGCGAAUAUACCGCACGUUUAAAUAAACCAAAUAAAUAUAUCAUGAAAUUUAAACAACAUUUUCAAAACGAUAAUACAACAAAUAUAGAUGCAAAAUUAGAACAAGAUAAUAUUGAAAUUGAUGAAAAUAAAAUAAUAGAAGAGAAAAAUGAAAAAAUUAAAGAAGCAAGAAAAAAAUAUCGACCAAAUUUUGAUCAUAUUAUUAUCGAUUGUUCACCAGUUAAUUACAUGGAUAUGAUGGGUAUUAAAACAUUAAUACAAACUUUUAAAGAUUACAAAGAAAUUGGUGUUACUGUUCUUCUUUGUCAUGUUCGUCCUACAGUUUAUCGACAAUUAUUACGUAUGAAUUAUAUGCAAGUUGCUGGUCGUGAAUCUAUUCAUGUGGCUAUUAAUGAUGCAGUUUUACAUGCAUUAAGAACACGUUCUACUAGUGAUUCAACUGUCGGUAUACCAGAAGCUCCAAUCAUUCAUAUUGGCAUUGAAAAUGCUGCCUAUUAUGGAGAAUAUGAAGGUGAAAAUAAUGAUGCAAUUAUAAGAACUUAUUUGUAG